AUGAUUCCAAGACAAGGCUAUGCGCCAACUCCUCAUAGCUAUGUACCCAAUACAAGUCUUUCAGCAAGCAUAAACCUCGACGAGGAAGUCAAGCUCACCAACACCCGUGCCGAGCGCGACCUGCAAGAAUCCCUCGCCGAACUCUUCAGCAUUAUUAUAACACUCGAUGAACUCGAAAAGGCCUUUUUGAAAGAUGCUGUCCCCGAAACAGAGUAUACCGAGAUCUGCGAGCGAUCGCUGAGGCAGUAUAAGGCGCUGCUGGCUGAUGAGACGAUUGCGAGGGAGUUUGGAGAUCUUGAAGAUUUCAAGGCCAAGUGGGAUCUCGAAGCUCCUCGCGCAACCGAGCGCAUUCGUGUUGGAAUGCCCUCAACAACCAUCGAUCGAGCCCCCUCAGCCCAAACUCCCGCCCCCGCCGCAGCCAACAACACAAGCGGCGUUCUCAUUCUCGAAGCCACCCAAGAAUUCAUCACCUUUCUCGAUGCCGUUAAGCUCGGUCUCCUCUCCAAGGAUCAACUGCACCCUCUUCUUUCCGACGUCAUCCAAUCGGUGAACCGCGUCACAGACAAAGACUUUGAGAACCGCGGCAAGAUCGUGCAGUGGCUUAUCACCCUUAACCAGAUGAGAGCGACUGAUGAGUUGAGUGAGAGCCAGGCGCGCGAGCUGGAGCUGGAUAUUCAGCAGGCGUACCAGGGAUUUAGGAGGACGUUGACAUGA